AUGAAUGAUUCCCAAGAUGAGGAAGAUCAUCACUUACCUUGGAACGACAUACCGAGGCGCUGGAGGUUUUAUACCGCCGCUUGCGAGCCCGCAUGUCCAUGCACGUCCUCAAACGAGUCUAAGAAAUACAUGUCCUAUUCUCUCAGAGCAGCUCCAGCAAAUUGCGAAUUACCAAAUGGCACUGUGAGACUGAUUGAGCACAGCGCUUACCAGCUCGCCAGAGACGAACCGCCACUGCCUUACAAAGCUGUCAAAGAACAUGCCCCGGUGCAGCUUGGAUGGAGACCGCACAGCAAAUGGAACAAGUAUCCUCUGGAGCUGAUGAUGACGGCACAAAACACAAAGAUAUUUGGACUUCUUUUGACGGAAUCUACGAAUUAG